AUGAUACUAAUGCUGGCUGGUUGCAUCUUCGUUCGUGCCAAGUCCGAAUACUAUGCAGGGUCUUCUCUUACAGGGUACGAUGACUUGCAUGUAGACGGGUAUCAAGUUCUCGCAACACCGGACAAACCAGCAAUCAUCUCAUGCAGCAUUGCGAGUAAAAACCUAACAAAAUUUACAUGGCGGAAAAGGAAGAAGGGAGCAUCAGUGUUGGAGGAUGAGGAAAUUUCUACAGCCCAUCCGAGAUGGAUUAACGAAACUCACGGCACGAUGGAGCUUUACUUUACAAGCGUCAGACCCGAAGACUAUGGACGUUACAGAUGUACGGCAGAAAAGAAUUCCGAUUACAUCGUUGAUGAUUACCUCUAUCUCGUAGAAUACCAAACUGAUCAGAUUUGGACUGUCGGAGUGCUUGAACCAGAAUCCAUUUAUAUAAAAUGGGAAUUGUACGGCAUAUCAAAAAUGGAAUUCACCCCAAGGGAUGCCUUCUCAUUCCAAAUUGAGUAUAGGCAAAAUGGCACGGAUGGAUGGCUACGGACACCCCGACUUUCCUCUCCAGAGCGGUUUAUUCACGCAGGAUCCUUUCGCAUAGAUGAGUUGGAACCGAGCACCGUCUACGAAAUCAAGGCCGUUAUAUUUAUGGAGAGGGGGUUUGCUUCACCAUUGCGACAGGUUUUCUCAAGAUGGCUGACGACGUCUGCAGCGAGCGGACUUCGAACCAGAGGAUUUAAUUUCGUCUCUCUCAAGUUCGGAGCAACCGGAACAGAUCGCGUCUAUAUUAUUUGGAGCUCUAGGAAUAUGUUUGGCGAACCUGGCAAUUACGGUAACAGAUAUGCCAAACUUACGAUCAAAUGGACGGAAAUUGGCACGAAUCGAUGACAUCAAGCAGGCCGAAUUGUCAAUUUAUCUAUCGAAGCGGCCUCAGCACACUACGUAACGAGGGAAUUGAAACAUCGCGAUCCGUACCAAAUCGAGAACGAGGUUAGGGCGUACGAACGUCAGGUUCACAGCGUCCAAGGAACCUUAGUUCCUUCGAAGUGGGCUACGCCGUUCGAAAAAGACGUGGAAUAUGUUCCAACUGUGAGGAUCGUGAAUAAAACUACGGACACCGUGACGAUCGGAUGGUCGCAGCCACCGCCGGAGCUCCGGCAAAGCAUCGACGCCUAUUUUAUAUCAGUGGAAAGCGGCAAGGACGAGGAAAAACAUUUUCGUUGGCAGAAGUUGAAGGCUAAUGAAGGUAAUGAAGCAAUCGUCCGCCUUUCGCCUUCGAUCAGCUACGAUCUGGUGGUUCGAGCUUGUUUCGACGAUUUCUGCCCCGACCGACGUGCGAGUGACGUUGUGAAAGGCGUGACGACCGACGACACAGCUGGCGGAAAACAGUUACGUGCGAGACAAGAAUCGCAAACUGACAUGAAAUCUUCGGAACUGAGAGUGAACGUAACUCGAGAUGCGGAAAAUACAACAGCAGGCAACGAAGCUUCCUUCACUUGCAGCGUCAGUGUUCACGGAUACAAGGGUUGGUGGAUGACGAAGGGGAAACGCGUUACUUCUUUCAGUAAUUCUGACGGUGGGAUCGACUGGACUAUAAUUGUCGGAGAUACUGAGGAUGGAAACACUCGCGAUUACACCUGCGUGGCGAAGAUGAUCAAGGAUUCGCACGCUGGUGGAAAAAUGCUUGUCACGGUGAUACCGCCCGUAAAAGAAUUGAUCGUAGGAGCUGAAAUCGUGUAUGCGAAACCGGACGAGCCGACAGCACUGUUGUGCGAUUUCUUCGGAUACGGACGAUCGAACUUUGAGUGGCGAGUCGCCUCCUUACGCUGGAAAAGUAAAUUAGUCGGCGUCCCUGUUACAUCGAAUCUUAACAGGACUCACGUCAGGACGAUGUUGUAUAUUGCGAAUACCUUGGACUCACGCCGUUCUCGGGAUUACGAAUGCCAGGCAAUGAUUUACGGACAUCCGAGUAUAGCAGGUGUGGCUCGACUCGAAGUCAACGAAGAAACACGACUGUACCUCGGCGCCAAUGUCAUCGGGUCGAAACUCGUUAUAUUACGCUGGAUCGACAAGGAAUUUCAAGGAGACACGCAUCUGAUACGAUUUGCGAAAAACGAUUCUGUUGAACGGGAAAAUAUAUUCUCGGUGCAAGUUGAAGAGGGCAAGGAAUAUAGCGGCUACGUUGUAAGGCAGUUGACACGCGGCACUUUCUAUUGGUUCGAACUUGUUGUGAUCAACGCGGGAAGGAGACUCGCAAGCACUUACUCUGGACUUGUUACGCCCGCGGAAAUAGACGUUACAUAUUUUCCAAACAUCACUGUGUUAUCGAAGACGACAAAUUCCAUAAUUAUAGAAUGGCCAAGCCCACCAGAAGAUCUACGCCCGCACAUAAAGCUGUACCGUGUAACAGUCAACUAUACGUACAACGGAACAGAAAUUGUUGAUUUUAAUUAUACUUCGGCAACUUAUCACAACUUUGAACAACUUCAUCCAUCAACCAGCCACGACUUGGAAGUACGAGCCUGCUUCAACGACUUGAAUACGGAUUGUUAUUCGAGUGACGUGCGGAGAGGAGUUUUCACCGAAAGCAUAGAAGUGGAAUCCGGGACACCAGUUGAAAUAUGGCUACCCCUUACGGGAAUUUCCUUCCUCCUCGCCAUUCUGGGAGCCUGGCGUUUCUACAAGAAGGCUCAGAAGCGAAGGAUUUUAAGAGAACGACUCGCAUAUUUCUACACCGAGGAUCCGACUUCUUUCAAUCCGGAACUUUCCAUGAAUGAUCAGGCAGAUUUAUUGCCCUACGACAAGGAAUGGGAAUUUCCACGAAAGCUUUUGAGACUCGACGAGGAACUGGGAAGAGGCUCGUUCGGAAUAGUCUGGAAAGCCAGGGCGAAAACGAUUCGUCGACCCGAAGCGAUCUCGGUGGUUGCGGUCAAGACGGUCCGACCGACAGCCAGCCUGCACUGCAUGAAAGCUCUUCUUCGAGAACUCAAGAUUCUCGGCUAUCUCGGUCACCAUCCGAACAUCGUCAGCCUCCUCGGCGCCUGCACUAAGAAUCUUGAUUAUGGCCAACUCUUGGUCAUCGUGGAAUUUUGUCGCUUCGGGAACUUGCACGACUACUUGUGGCGCUGCAGGUCAAAGUUCGUCGAUGAAUUGUGUACUGUCGCUGCGAAAAUCCCCAAUCCAAAUUCUGAUGAUGAUCCGAUCGACGUCAGAAGCCGUAGUAAAAACUCGGCACCACGUUGGGAGGACGCGAUUUUAGCAGUGGAAGAUUUAGGUGAUGCCGCCAAUCAUCUGGGUAGAAGCGAAGGGGCGGGAGAUUCGGCCACCGGAAACAACCCACAAUUACCGGAACUUGAACUACCAACCAAGUACCCGGGUGAUUUUACGAAUGCGGAAUUGGAUCCGGUUCGCACGCGAGACUUGGUGUCUUGGGCUUGGCAGAUUUCACGCGGAAUGCAAUAUCUGGCUGGCAAAAAGGUGCUGCACGGUGACUUGGCAGCGAGGAACGUUCUGCUUUUGGAAGAUAACGUCGUGAAAAUAUGUGACUUUGGCCUGUCCAAGUCCCUCCAGGAGGACGAACAGUACAAGGACGAGGGAAACGACCCUCUUCCCGUCAAGUGGAUGGCCAUCGAAUCCCUCAGAGACGGAAUAUUUUCGGUAAAAUCUGACGUCUGGUCUUUCGGAGUCUUGUUAUGGGAAUUGUUUUCGCUCGCAAAAACUCCUUACCCCGAAAUUAACCCCCAAGACAUGUGCGAAACACUUGUCGGUGGUUAUCGAAUGGAACGACCAAAGUACUCACCCGAGACUAUCUAUCGGACGAUGCUGCAAUGCUGGGAAGCGAAUCCGUCGAAACGACCCACGUUUGUGGAGCUUGAGCACAGCGUCGGUGAAUUGAUGGAGGAGAACGUCAAAAUGCAUUACAUCCAAUUGUAUACUCGACGCGAAAGGGCGUAUGCUCGCAUCACGGAAUUCCGGAAUAUUCGGGACCCCGAGAAUCAGGAUCCGAUCCCCCCGGAUCCAAGCGAACCGACGGACGCCAGUCAAGACGAAACGACCGAGAGAACGCCGUUCCGGAUGCGGUUCAAGCGGUUCUUUUGUCGCGUGUGAUUAACCAGAAUCAGGAGAAAUGAAUCAAUG